AUAGAUUUUGUGUGUCCAAAUUACCUUGGAACACUCGAAGACUUUAAAAGAGUUUACAUUAACCCAAUCGAAUAUGGACUUUAUGAAUCUGUUGAUUCUCAAGAAAAGAAGACAUCAAGGAAAAUGCUUUUUGUACUUAGUCGUAUAAUAGAGGACGUCGUUCAUAGGCGGAAUGUAUCGAUACUUGAACGUGAACUUCCACCGAAAAGUGAAUUCCUUAUCACAUGCCGAAUGAUGGACCGACAAUUGGAGCUUUAUAAAUCUCUUAUCAAAAAACUUAGCGCAGUAGGUGCGGGUGGACAAGUAAUACGAUACGCCGAUCUUUUAAGCAUUCUUUGCAAUCAUCCAUCUAUUUUCUUUAAUACCUUGGAUAAGGAGAAUAAAAAUAUGACUGAAAGUAAUACACUUAUACCUGCCAACGAGUCAAAAACUGUACGUGAAUAUAUGCAUAAUAUUUGUCGUGAAUAUAAAGGUCUUGAUGAAAUUUCUGAGUCGAGUAAAAUGCAAAUUCUCAAAGAGAUCUUAAUUAAGUGUGAGCAAAUAGGAGACAAGGUCAUUGUAUUCUCAAAAUCAAUACCAACAUUGAAUUAUAUAGAAAGGAUGAUUCUCAAAAGUGAUACCUAUAUACGGAUUGAUGGAGAGACGCAAACUAAA